AUGACUCCCCAAGAGGUUAUUGCCUGCCUCCUCGACCAGGACGAGCCUGAGCAUAACCUCGCUGCCAUUGAGCACCGACAGCGGCUCAUCAAGUCAUGGAAGAUCCCGCAAGGCUCCAAGGUCCUCGAGGUAGGCCCCGGACAGGGCGACUUCACAGUCUGCCUCGCCGAUGCUGUCGGGCCUACUGGGCAAGUCGUGGCUGUUGACCCGGCUCCUCUGGAUUGGGGGACGCCCGACUACAGAACGGCCCAGGGCUUUGUUCUUCGUUCACCGCUCGGCUCCAGAAUCCAAUUCGUGCAAGCCGAUCCAAUAGACUUCCUCGAUGCUCCUACCACGGCGACCAAGUCGUUUGACUUCAUCGUCUUCUGCCAUUCCAUCUGGUACUUUUCACAGCCGAGCUUUCUUCCCACCAUGCUCUCCAAAGCACGCCCUUGCGUCGCCAACGUCCUUAUUGCAGAAUAUAGCCUCUCGACAUCUCAUCCAAGCGCAGUGCCACACGUGCUAGCUUCCUUGGCCGCCAACGCCGUAGAGAGCUUCCGUGGCGAGGACUCGAAGCGGAAUAUUCGGUGCGCGCUGACGCCGCUCCGGAUGAUCGAGGCGGCCGAGGAGGUAGGAUGGGCCUUGAGCCACGAGGAAACGGUGACACCGGGAGAGAAGCAGCUGGACGCGUUUCGUGAGGUCAAUAUGAUUCUCAAGUCAAGGUUGUUCAAGGCGGACAUGGAGAGUGUACAGGCGGGUGACAAGGUCAAGACGAUGCUGCAGAGCAUGACUUAUGCUGUCAAGGCCAGUGUCGAUCGCCUCGACGGCAGACUCGAGUCGGUAAGGAACAUGGACGUUUGGGUGGCUCGCUUUGGGGCGAAGGAAUAA